AUGUCUCAACAACGAAGCGGACCCAUCGCUCCAGGCGUGGCAUUCAUCACUGGCGGCGCUCGUGGUCUUGGAAAUGCUAUUGCACAGUCUUUCGCAAAGGAGGGCGCAAGAGGUGUAGCCCUGAUCGACAUUGGUGAUGACAAAACGUUCGAGGAAGGCAAGGCAGCUGUGGAGCAGCAUGGAACAAAGUGCCUGACGAUCCGAGCCGAUGUCACCAAGGAAGAAGACAUACAGCGGGCCAUCGACGAGACUGUCAAGGAGUUCGGCAGAAUCGACUAUACCGCUAACUUCGCUGGAAUYGCCGGUCCACUGGGCAUGUGUUGGGACAUCUCGGUCGAGGAGUUCCGCAAGGUCAUAGAUGUAAACCUGAUUGGCGUAUGGGUGUGCACAAAGCUUCAGCUCAAGCAGAUGAUCAAGCAGGAUUCCAUCGAAGUGGAGGCCGGCCGCGUCCCUCAGAUGGGCUCCAUCGUGAAUUGCGCAAGUGUAAACUCCGUCCAGGCAGGUGCAGGUACUAGCGGUUACACGACUGCAAAGCAUGGUGUUCCUGGUWUCACCAAGACUGCCGCUCUUGAAGGAAGAGCUCAUAACGUCAGAGUCAAUGCAGUGUCCCCGGGUUUCUUCCUGACUGAGCUGCUGAAGCCGGCGAUGGACAGAGGCGAGCUUAACACAGCUUUCUUGCAAGCCGCCGAGGCAAGGCAAGGACGGGCUGCGACCUUGAACGAAGUUGGUGAUGUUGUGGUAUUGCUCAGCACCCCUCGGAUGAGUCUUGUAAAUGGCGUUAACCUCCCAAUCGACGGGGGUUUCAUAAUCAACGAGAACCCUUCGUAG